CGACGAUUGAAAUUUGAAGGUUGAUUAGCGUCACACUUUGGCCUUCAGCGGUUCAACUUCAAACCAAAUUGAAAGAAUCUUCCUUCUUGCAACGGUACCAUGGAAGUUGAAGCACAAUCGGAGUUUCCGUACUGGAAGCCUUUCCAACGGAGGUUCGACCCUGAUUCUCCCUUCUUCGCCUCUGGAAAUGCCGAGCGCGAAAUCUUAGCCAAACAGGUUGCCUUGGAUUUAACCGAAGAUGAAAAGCUCCAGCUUCAUAAUAUGGUAGUUGAUGUCGGCAGGAAAAUCUUUUGCCCAAUAGUCGGUUGUGGUGCGCACUUGAAAUCGCUGGAUGACUUUGAAGAUCACUACAAUUCACGGCAUACUGCCUCUUGUUCAGUUUGCCCAAGAGUAUAUCCAACAUCACGACUGCUUAGUCUGCAUGUGUCUGAGGCACACGACUCGUUCUUUCAAGCCAAAGUUGCUCGUGGCUAUGACAUGUAUGAAUGCCUGGUGGAAGGUUGUGGUUUGAAGUUCAAGAGCUACAAAAGCAGGCAGCAGCAUCUAGUGGACAAGCAUAAGUUUUCUGCUUCAUUUGAAUUCUUUAAGAAGGCUCCUCCUUCUAAGAAACAAAGACAGAAAUUAUAUCGAAAACAAGUUCUUCAACCAAGGGAAGAAACUUCCAAAAUGGAAGUCGAGAAUGAAACUAUGGAUGGCCUCAUUUUGGGAGUAUCUAAACUAAGUACUUCGGACUCAACUCCAUCAUCAGUCAGCUUUGGCCGAAGGCACACUCGAGGGUUAACGUUUGUUCCUCGAGCAGUUCAGCGUGAAAAGGUUUCAGACUCCUCAACAGCAGGAUCAAACAAAUAAAAGUUCUGCAUCUAGACCAAGUAAGGGUAUAGUACCUAUCAGUUCUAGCUCAUUUUUCUGUUUCUUCCUUAGUUCUUCUCAAGGGUAUCUGGUGCUGCAACGUGGUUAGUUUUUUCUCAUUUGAUAUAGAUCCUUAACCUCAUCAAUGGGAUGAUUCGUUGUUAUUUUGUAGUUGGGAUGUAAUUUGAGAUAAUAUGUGAAAUGAUGGGAAGAUCUUGCAUCUCAAGAUUGCAGAAUUAGUUUUUAUUUGACUUGCAAUUUACUAUCUUAGUGAAAGAAUCAGAAUAUAUUGAAAUGGAUGAAUGUUACAACGUUGAUAGAA